GGACAAGAUCUACUCCUGCGCCAAUCUUGUACCAGCCGAGACCCCGAUCCGCCCCUCGCCGCCGCCCAAGAAAUGAGUGCCCAAACCCCUCCUGUCCCUGGAGGACCGGGAAUGAGCGUCCAGAGCAGCCCAAACAUCGCCGUAGUCGGCGGCGGCAUUGUCGGCGCCUCCAUCGCCUGGCACCUAAGCCAUGAGGCCAACGUCAUCAUCGUGGCCGAAGACAUGGGCGGCACGGCCACCCCCAACUCGUUCGCCUGGCUCAACGCGGCCGCCGGCAACCCCAGGUUUUACUAUGAUUUCCGGCACCGCUCGAUGGAGAGGUGGAGGGAGAUGGCCGCCGAGCUGCCGGACCUCCCUGUCCACUGGGGCGGGUCGCUCAACUGGAACAUGUCGCCCGACGAGCUGGAGGCGUACCUCGACGAGCACUCGGCCUGGGGCUACGACAUUGUGCGUGUGAACAAGACGGAGAUCCAUGAUCGCGAACCGACCCUGAAGGACGGCGUGCUGCCCGAGUGGGGGCUCUACGUCGCCGAGGAAGGCGCCGUCGAGGCCCAUGUUGCCGCACGCCAGCUCCUCGCCGGCGCGGAGGCCAGAGGUGCUACGCUGCUGAACGACAAAGUCACUGGAUUCCUCAAGCAGGACGGCCGCAUUUCAGGCGUCGUCACGGCAUCAGGCGUGGAGGCAAAGGCCGACCAUGUCGUCCUCGCGGCGGGCGUCGGGAGCGUGCCGCUCUUGGCCGCGGAGAACAUCACUCUGCCCGUGACGGCCGUGGCGGGUCUACUUGUCAACUCAAAGCCGACGGAGGCGAGGCUACUGAACGGGGUCGUCAACGCGGAGCAGCUGCACCUGCGACAGACACUGGACGGCCGCAUCCGGGCUGGCUCCGAGUUCUCGGGCGGCAACCCCGGCGACGACCCACAGAAGACUGCCGAGGAGCUGUUCAGCAAGGUCCAGAGUGCUUUUGUGGGGGGCGAUGAGCUGGAGUUCGAUCAUUACACCGUGGGAUACAGACCGAAGCCGGAGGACGGCCUGCCAAUCCUCGGGGCGACGGGGUUGGAUGGUGUCACUGUUGCCGUGAUGCACUCCGGGGUCACGAAUGCGGCCAUCGUGGGCCAGCUACUGAGCCAGCAGAUUCUCACGGGGGUCAGUGAUCCGGCGCUGGCUGAUUUUGAGCUCGCUCGAUUUGCUUGAAACUACUUACCUAGGUAUCUAGAAGAAAUUGAGAUGUGUUCUUCGGUACAGCUUGUUCUCAGCUCUCAUCAAGAGAGCCACGGCCGCCUCACCAGUCCUGCUUUGGUAUCUCAUGGUUUUAAUUACCUUGCCUGUUCUAAUAUCAACCUUUUCAC